AUGGCCAGAUGUAGCGAGGUUGAACAGCUUAUGACACCAGAAGAAAGAGCAACUUUGCAACAAAAUACCACUCCUAACCUGGGAAAAAUUUCAACUGGAAAAUGGAAUCUGCUGCAUACGUUUGCACUAUCAGGGCAGAUACAUUUUAUGGACAAGCUACUUGACAAUGGCCUUGGUAUUGAUACUAUUGACAAGGAUGGUUUCACUGCUCUUCACAAGGCAAUUAUUGGUAAAAAGGAGCCUGUAAUUAGUCAUCUUUUAAGAAAAGGUGCAAACCCACAUGUGAAAGAUCGGGAUGGUGCUACUCCACUUCAUUAUGCAGUUCAAGUUGGUGCCAUGCAAACUGUGAAGUUAUUGAUCAAAUACGGGGUUGAUGUCAAUGUUGCAGAUAAUGAGGGAUGGACUCCAUUGCAUAUUGCCAUACAAAGUAGGAACAGAGACAUUGCAAAAGUUUUGUUGAUCAAUGGUGCUGAUAAGACGAGAAAAACCAUGGAUGGGAAAACAGCUCUUGACAUGAGCUUAUGUUAUGGAAAGACUUUCAAGUCUUAUGACCUUGCCAAACUACUGAAAAUUUUACCACUUGAAAGAGACCUAUAAUUUACGGUCAACACCGAGAAUCACUCAACUUCAAAAUGGAGCUUGCUGCUAAACCAAAUUCUCUACUGCUUGGCACAAGCCUAUGCCUAUGUCGCAUGUCAAGAUGGCGCAACCGCGCAAGCCUAUGUUCAACCAUGCGAUUCGUUGUCAGCUAAUUCAUCUCAACCAUCAUUGGAGUGGGGACACCCAAAAUGUAUAGAUUAUCAUAGCCUAGUGAAUGUAGUAGCAGAUUGGUGAAAUACAGAAACAUUCAAGAAACAUCUGAAAUUUUGUUAAACUACUAAUGGAAGCUAGCUUUAUUGCCUAAUGGGCUUAGGCACUGUUCCCAGUUCCCAAAAAUGUAGUCAAUUUAGUGCCAGUGUU